CAGGUGAUCAGGCUUCGACAACAUCUUCCAGGUUGAUGUCGUCCUGGAUGUCAGCUUACCUAGGCAUUGGGAGAUAUGGCCAAACUUCUAGAUCACUAUAAGAGCGAAAUUCACUCGCUGUAUAUCGCAGAUGGAAGGUCUCUAGAAGAUGUGCAACGAAUUUUGGAAGGCAGACAUAACUGCCACGCCUCUAUCAGAACCUAUCGAACCAAGCUUGCAAAAUGGAAUAUGCUCAAGAAAAAAGCCAGUCCUCGACGCCAAGUUGCAAAGAAAACGAAAUUGGACUCGAGCCUGGUGGUACAAACGCUCAAUACUGCGCAACAGACAAGAACUGUGCCAGGCGUGCCGUCAGUUGCUGAACUGGAAGUGCCUACCACUUGGGCAACACCCCUCUCUAGCGGCCUUCGCCACAGCUUCAACAGCUCAGAUCCGAAUGCGAUCGAGAAUUCGAAUUUGCAUGAUAGCCUGGCGACUGGAAACACUGGCAUUGCUCAAGAAUCGGAUCUCACAUCUCGGUCUCGCCUUUUCGAUGCUAUAUUAAAUGGAGAUGAAGAAGAAGUUACAGAGAUGCUUUUUAGCGGCACAUCUAUUCGCAUGCGAGAUACGAAUAACAACACACCCUUGCAUGCAGCAAUCUUGAAGGGUAACGUCGCUAUUGUCAAUUCCAUACUCAACUACCGGGCUGAUAUCGACGCUACUGGUUUCAAACGAAGGGCUCCUCUCCACCUAGCGAUCGCUUCAAAAACGCUUGCUCAGCUUUUGCUCAAGCGUUCGCCAAUUCUGUCACCUCAAGAUGAUGAAGGAAACACACCUUUGCAUUUUCUGCUCAAUACUAAAGACUGGUGGGAUGACCAAGAUGCUACGACAUUGAUCAGCUCGCUUCUCUCCUCUGGCGCUGAUGUCAAUAUCAUCAACCGAUUUGGCGAGUCACCAUUACACCGAGUAGUAUCGGAAGCGCUACCAAGGUCUUUACGGUAUCUAAAUCUUCUCUCCCAGUUUCUUGACCAUAAUCCGGACGUAGCAUCGCCAAUGCGAAACGGCAUGACCCUUAUUCAUGUCUUCUUGACUCAGAGUAAAAUACUUGCUCUUCGAUAUACUUGGCGGGGACAGUUUUCAGAAGAGUAUGACUGUCUCCGGAAAUUUCUGACAGCCGGUGCUGAUUCAGACACUAUGGUUGACUCAAAGCCUCUCAUCAUUCAAUGCCUUUCAAUACAUUAUUUCUCAGAACAUGCCAAGUUCGAAGGAUUCUUGCGGCAACUUAUACAAAGUGCGAACAUAGAUGUUAAGGACGAUGCUGGAAAUUAUCCCUUGCAUCUAAUUCUCAAACGGCUGCCCCGGGGUGUAUAUGAGAUGACUGCCGCUCUCAUCUCUCGGAGUGCGAGCCUAGUGCAGACAAACAACGAAGGUGCCACUCCAUUAGAGAUUUGGCUUCAAAAAACCAGGCGUAUGCGUUCCGAGCUAGUGAAGGUUACUCUACUCCUCGUUGAGGCAGGAGCGGACAUCAUGAUGCCAACAUCAACUGGAAAGAGUCUAUUCGAUAUGCUCUACUGGCUCAAAAAUGAUGAUCAGAUUGCUCUGACGAAGGCUUUCUUGAAAACUGGAGCAACCCCACGGGAAAAUGCUCCCAGCGCUGCCUCACCGUCGGAAUGGGUUCAGAUAUGGCGUGCUGCAUGGAGACAAUCAUCUUGGUUGAGUGCUCAGGCCCGAAUGAUUGAGCUUGAACAAUGCCAUUCCAGACCCAAGACUAUUCACUUCAUGGAUUGUGCUUAUUUUACGAUAAUCGAAAAGCAGCUAGAAUUUCACAAGUCUAAAUUGAAAGAUUGGCAAGAGGGGGCAGUUGAAAAGGAAUCGGUGAUAAGCAACUAUGAGGAGUAUUGUGCGAUCUUGAGAGUUUGCAGGGAGCGAGUGAUUGAGAUUGAUGUUUCAUGGUACACUAAGUUGCUCGAUCUUAUGGACUUUAAAUGAACUUAGAAAGGAUGCAAUAUGGGUGGGAACUGGACUACGGUGGACAUGUGGGCUGAUCCGUUUCGGUACGAUUUCUUUCUUGCGUUGUACUUAGGCGUUAUUUCAAUCUUAACUCCUGGAAAGUUUGGUAUUUUGGGAUUCAGCAGAGAAAAGAGCAGAAUAUUUUCGACCCAAGGACACUACAAACAACUCG